AUGUCUGCGGAACCCGCACAAGAGGCCGUGGAGCAAGUAUCCCAGGGGGUGAAGGACGUCAAGUUGGAGAAUGGGUCAGCGCCAGGGGCAGCCAACGGAACACCAACAAAGACCGAUGACAAUGCUAUACCUUUUAAGGAUAUCUUCAAAAUGUUCUCCAAAUUCGGCGACUCAAAAUCCGACGGAAAGCAAAUAACACUGUCACAGAGUGAUAAAUGGAUGAAACAGGCUAAAGUAAUCGACGGAAAGAAAAUUACAACAACUGACACAGCGAUCUAUUUCAAAAAACUGAAAUCUGUUAAAGUCGGCAUUGAAGACUACCAGAAAUUCCUUGAUGACCUCGCGAAGAAUAAAAAGGUUGAUAUUGAGGAAAUAAAAAAGAAACUCACCACAUGUGGCCAGCCCGGUAUAUCAACCCAUUUACCUAAAUCGCCAGCCGCAGCCGCUGCUGUGGAUAGGUUGACGGACACAACAAAGUACACUGGUUCCCACAAGCAACGAUUUGACGACACCGGCAAGGGUAAAGGCAUCGCUGGGCGUAAGGAUCUUGUAGAUGGUUCGGGUUACGUAACGGGAUACCAACACAAGGACACGUACGGCAAGGGCCAUUAG